AUGCAAACCCUCACUUAUCGCACUGAGCAGUCGAACUUUCCGCUCGGCCAUCGCCGAGGCAUAUCGAAUCUGGCGAACUUCUCUCUAGACCUGUCCUGGGCCAGAGUAGAGACGGAUUGUGCUCUCAGCAGCACAAGGGCAUAUCCCUCUCCGCCCAUGUCAGGGUCUCCACCACCACUCCCGCCCAAACCAAACCCAGAGGUCGGUGAUCGAGGCCAGGGAGGCUACCGGCCUGCUAGUCAUGAUGCGUACCGCCCAAGCUCGACAAUGCCGGGAGGCGAGUAUCGAGCAGCACCACCGCAACCACCACUAAGACCUCCAACCGCAGGUACUGCUAGACCUUAUCACCCAGAAGGUCCAGAGCGAAUUCCAUAUUCAUACCACCGACCGGAUGAAACGAUAGGGAGACAAAUACCCUACCCCCCGCAACCUGGUCCCAUGAUGCCGCAACCUCAUUAUCCACUUCCGCCCGUGGUCGGGCCUAGUCUAGGUCCGUCACCUUAUCAAAUGCCGAGCAACCCUCAAGGUGCCGAGAAUCCGCCUUAUACGUCUCCCAAGUCCCAAAGGAAAACCAAGGGCCACGUAGCUUCUGCUUCCCAACGGCCGUGUUCGCGAUGUCUUAGUAACGGCAAAGAAGACUCGUGUGUCGAUGUCCAGCAUAAGAAACGAGGCCGACCCCGAUUACGCGACGACAACCAGCCGCGGUUCGAUGCGAGAUUCCCUCAUCCAACUGAUCCGACUAUGCGACGACCGGUCUCGCUUUACUCACCAAUGACCGCUGUAUCCGGGACGUACGAGGACCCCCUUCGAAGAAAUAAUCCUUAUAGGGUUUUAAAAUCACAGCCGAGUGACCCUAUUGCGCCGAGGUUCAUCGAGCGUGGAUCGGCUUCAGACGCAAACAUAUUUCCAGCACCCUUGUCCAUAACCUCACGUGCACCAGAACCCGUGGCAUUCCUGACAACAGAUCUAGAGAUAGCAAAGGCAUCAAGGACUUUCAUAGAAGCAGUGGGGUCGCAAUCGAUCGUAGGACGGAGAUUGUUGGAAGUGGUUAGCCCAGGCGAGCGUGAUAAAGCCAUGGCGCUCCAAAGGUAUUUGCAGGAGGAGCAGGCCAGAAAGGAACCGAAUUAUCUUCCACCAAUUUUUGGAAAACAAGAAGCCGAGAGGGUAAUACAGGCCUUGUCGUUUGAUUCGGAUUCGAUUUCGAGGUUUACGCUGGAUCGACAGGAUUUCUUCACCUUUGUUUCCGGGGAUGGACAACCAAGGCUGUACCCCAUACGGAUUGGGCUUGCCAAGGAGGACUCGAUAUAUUUCGUUGUGCUGCUGUUGAAUCGACCCGCACAGCCGUUCCCGGGUCCCUCACCUUCACCCCAGGCCAGAGAUUUCUCUUAUUCAUACCAUCCUCAACCAUACACUCAACUAACCCCUGUCUCGAGUUCCUUCGACCCCGGGCGACCAAGAUACGGGGAAUCGUCUCGUGAAGGCGCUUAUACUCCACGACAGCCACCGGCAACAACACCUAUGGGUUCGGGCUUUGCCCCUGGCGCAAGCUCGAAUAUACCCCCUUAUUCCACUUCUACGCCUGCGAGAAUUGAGCCCCCAGCCGGUCCGUCUCAUCGUAUCCCAAGGAGUGAGCUCCCGCCCACUAGGCCACCUCAGCAGGUGGAAUAUCAACUGCCACCUAUUCGCGGUCAGGGGCAAGCCGGUCUUCCAACAGAAACUCCGGGUUGGCAGCGGGAUGACAGGUCAGGCCGGGUCGAUAUCGGUGGAUUAAUAGAGAAGCCCGACCCAUCGCGACGAGGAAGGUAG